AAGGUCUAAAUCAGAUCAUGGCUAGUGCCGGUAGCCAUGGAAACCAAUCACGUAAACAAAAAAUAACCAUGUGUAUAAUCAUAAAACUAAAUAUAAGUUCGACACUUGCGAACGCACGAUGCGGCUAACUCCACCAUGACAUAAAUAAUUUUAACUUUUUAGUUUCUAUUACUUAAUAAAUAAAAAAAAACAUCUGUGAUUCCAUAAGUCUGACGCUAGUUUCAGUUUCUUAAACCUUUAGUUAUUAAAUGUAUUCAGUUAGUUUUAAUUACCAAAUAAUAAAAUGUCUGAUACGGAAGAAGAUGAAGUACAAAAUAAAAGUGUUAAAAUUACCGUCGUCGGUGAGCCAUCUACUGGGAAGAGCACGCUGUGCGCGCGGUACCUGGGCGCCGCGGCGCCGGGCGGCGGCACGGCGGGCGCGGCGGUGCUGGCGGGGCAGUGCCUGGCGCUGCGGCCGCCGGUCCCCGUGCAGCUGUGCGACGUGGCCGGCAACUCGCUCGGCACCGGCAUGCUCGAUAACUACUUGUAUGCUUCUGAUAUAGUCCUAUUCGUAUACGACGUGACAAAUCUCCAAAGCUUCGACAAACUAGACUCAUGGCUGAAGAAGGUCAAGUCCGUGUUUGAGCCAGAGCCUCGCAAGCCUCUGCUGGCAUUGUUCGGCAAUAAGUCCGACUUAGAACACCAGCGGGCCGUACGCCUGUCCGUAGUACAGAAGUUUGCCUCCGAACACUUGCUAGAGAAUUUCAAGGGCUCGGCUAAGACUGGAGAAAUGGUGAGCACAGCACUAACGAGCCUCGUAGCCCGUCUACUAGGAGCGAAGGUGAAGCGCGCCCCCGGCACCACCAACGGGCGGUCCCCACAAGGCGCGUCACACAGCCCGCCGCCUCUCAUCCACGACGACUCCUCCCACUCGCUGAUAAUGAACAGAAAGGCACUAAGGAGGGUGCAGCGCAAGGCGAAAGCGUCCUCGUCUGUUUGUGCGGUGCAAUAAAAAUUGAUGGGGUGG